AUGAGUUCAGAAAUUCCAGAAGCAAAAAAGCAUUUGGUGCCUGUCAAGGGGACAUAUCCAAAAGGAUUUAAAGCAACAGGAAUACAUUGUGGCAUCAAAAAAAAUGGGCGAAAGGAUUUAUCGUUAAUAAUUUCAGAACGACCGUGUACAUCCUCAGCAGUAUUCACAACAAAUAUAUUUAAGGCAGCGCCAGUAUUAUUAUCCAGAGAGAUAUUAGACAAACGUAAUGGACAAAAUAUUUAUUCCCUAGUAACAAAUUCAGGUUGCGCUAACGCUGUAACGGGUACAAAAGGUUUGGCAAAUGCGAGAAUGAUGAGCGAUGCCGUGUCAAAGUUAAAUGGUGUAGAAGAAAGUUCUUUAGUAAUGUCAACAGGGGUGAUUGGACAGCAUAUACCUAUCGAAAAGAUUGUUAACGGUAUAAAUCAAGCUUAUGAAUUAGCUAAACAACAAAACACUUCAGAUGAGGAAUUACAUGAAGGAUGGAUUAAAUCUGCGGAAUCUUUUAUGACCACUGAUACCUUUCCAAAGUUAAGAUCAAAAAAAUUCACUUUACCGUCAGGAUUAACAUAUAGCAUGGCAGGGAUUUCCAAAGGUGCAGGAAUGAUUCAUCCAAAUAUGGCCACUUUAUUGGCGACUGUUGUAACUGAUGUUCCUAUAACCGUUAAAGCAUUAAACGAAGCAUUAAAACACGCAGCGGAUAGAUCGUUUAAUGCCAUCAGUAUAGAUAAUGAUAUGAGUACUAAUGAUACCUUUGCUAUAUUGGCUAAUGGUGCAGCUACGAAAGAUGGUGAGAAAUUGAUUAUCGAUGACAUAAAUGGAGGAGAUUUUAUACAGUUUAGAGAUGAUCUCACAGAAUUUGCCGCCGAUUUGGCAAAAUUGGUUGUAAGAGAUGGUGAAGGUGCUACAAAAUUUGUGACCAUUCACGUUAAGGGCGCCAAAACUUUUGCGGAUGCAAAACAGAUUGCAUCUACCAUUUCUACUUCAUCAUUAGUAAAGACCGCUUUAUACGGGCAAGAUGCAAAUUGGGGACGUAUUUUAUGUGCUGUAGGAUAUGCGGGUGUUUCGUCUGUUAUUCCCGGUAAAGUUUCUGUUUCAUUCGUACCCACGGAUGGUACAGCUCCUUUACGUUUACUCACGCUGGGUGAGCCUGAAAAUGUUGAUGAAGCGAGAGCUAGUGAAAUUUUGGCAAUGGAAGAACUGGAAAUCAGUGUGAAUUUGGACAUUGGUAAUCAAGAAGCUAAAAUGUGGACUUGUGAUUAUAGUCAUGAAUACAUUACGAUCAAUGCUGAUUAUAGAACAUAA